UGCCUUCCCUACCCAGGUCAAAUAUGUAAGUAGGGAAGAGCAGAAAACUGUAUGUUAUUCUCAUUCAACUUCUAUUCACAUCUCACACACCUGAAAACCAAGCUUAAAGCAUGUCUUUCACCGGAAAGUCAUAUAGUAAAAUCCAAACAGCUUCCUCUAGAACAGUUUUGGAGGACAGCAAAAAGAAGACUUCAUUAUUGAAGGACAAUAGCUGGAUCAAGAAAAAUGUGGAUGAGGACGAGCCAGUUGAUCCGGUUUCUAAUUUCGGCAAAUCUCUUCUGAGUGUUACCAGAUCCAAAGAGAACAUUGCUAGUUCUACAGGUCCAACCAGCAAAACCGAGAGCAAAAACACUACAGUGACUACAGCUUCCUCUGUCCAGGCCCUCACUAAGAGAUUUGGUGGGAGCCAGGACAAGCUGGAUGAAACCAGCAAAACCACAACGACCAGAUCAACUGUAAGAACGCAACCUAAGAGCAGUACCUCAUCAAUCACAACAACAGUCAAGGAUGGUACAAAGGUUACUGAGACUGUCACCACAACCAGGAAAUCAUCCAGUAAAUUAGAAACAAUCCCUGCUAAAGACAUCUCUGAUAUUAAGACCAAGACUUCUGGAGAAUACAAGACUGAAGUCACUACUGUGAAAUCAUCAAAGGACACCACCGAUUGGCCAACCUCAACUGUCAAGUCCACCACAAGCACCAAGACCUACACAAUGGAUGAUGUUUCACCAGUUAAAACAACCUCAUACUCUCUUAAAUCCACGAAAAGCACUGAGGAUCAACUGUUUGAUACUCUCAUACCAACGUCAAUCAAGAAAAAGAAUUCAACAACAAACAGCAGUGACUAUAAGUCUGAAGUCAUUCCUGUUAAGUCAUCUACAAACACAGCUGUCGGAUCAACCUCACCUGUCAAGACCACCACAAGUGACUACAAGUCUGAAGUCACUACUUUGAAGUCAUCAGUGAACACUAUUGAUGGACCAACCUCACCUGUCAUGACCACCACUAGCAUCAAGACCUACACAAAGGAAGAUGUUUCACCAACCAAAUCAAAAUCCUACUCUGUCCAGUCCACAAAGAGUACUGAGGAUCAACUGUUUGACAAACUCAUACCAACAUCAAUCAAGACUUCCGUCACAAAAUCUAACAGCAGUCGUGAGGAUCAGGAUAUUUCUGUAUCCAAAACCAUUCGGACAGUGUAUUCAUCAAAUGACCGACAUGAGUGGGAUAGUGUUACGAGUCCUUCUUACACUACCAGGACGUCAUACACAGAAACCAGGCCUUCUGAUUACCUCUCUGACAAUAUUACAUCAAAAUCAUCUACAACAGUGUACACGUCACCUUCGAUUACAUCAAACUCAUCUACAACAGUGUACACAUCACCUGAGAGGAAAGUCAGUGAGAGGGACCUCUGCACAUUCUGCCGUAAAAACAUGUACACCGAUGAAAAGAUUAUUCUGGAUGAUAUGAAUAUAAACUGCCACGCACGUUGUUUCAAGUGUGAUGUGUGCAACACCUCUCUUGGGCACCUGAAGGCAGGAGACAGCCUGUGGGUCUACCGCAGUGCUGUUCACUGUGAGGGCUGCUUUAAUGUCACUAAGGGCAAGUGGCACCGCUGAAUCGAUAUAUAAGUUCAAGAUAUGGACGAGAGAUGCACUGCUCUGCAUUACAACAACCUAUAUCAACACUUUCCCAUGGUUUUAAAUUUUACACAAACUACAUAAAAUAUUUUCUUGGUGGUGGUUUCUGUGAAAUAAUGGAAUUAAGGGUUUAAAAAAUGCAUUUAAAUCGGUCAUACCCUGGUGAUGUGACAUGUAUCUCAUCUAACUUGAAGGAUUAUAUAGGAAGGAUUUCUAUUUAUUUCUUGCUGUCAUUUGAUUAUUUUUAUUGUUUAGAUCUUGUUAAGUGUCAUUCCAGAGAAUAGUUGGGUCAUACCUGUUAUGCAAUACUUUUUGAACUCUUUCUUAAAAGAAAAAAAAUGAAUCUGCUUUUGUUCUAUUUACAAAAGUAUUUCUAUGAAAGGAAACUAGACUUUCAGAAAAAUGUUCUUGCAAAGCUCAGGUAUUUAAAUGGUUAAGAAAAUAUUUCUUUCAGGCAUACCAAAGAGUUUGGAAAUAAAGAGCUGUGUUUUGUUGAGUAAAAUAAGAAAAAUGCAA